UUCCUUUAACUAUAUCUCUUCUAUAAAUAUACCCCAUAGACUCUCUUUCCUUCAUUCUUCUCUUUAUUUUCCUUUCUUGUUUCUGCUCUUAUUUUCUUCAGGGUUUUUCCUAGAAAAUAUCUUGUAAUGGCAGGAAUUGAGGCCAAGUUUCAGCAGAACCCACCUCUGGGAACACACAAGCUUUUCCUUGGAGCCCAUAUAUGCUUGAGAAUUUUGACAGUAACUGCUACAUUGACUGCAGCUUGGAUGAUGAUCACCAGCAAGCAAACCGUUGAGGUGUAUGGGAUCCAAGUUGAAGCCAAGUAUAGCUACUCAUCAGCUUUCAAGUUCUUCUCCUACGCAAAUGCUAUUGCAUGUGGCUGUUCUGUGCUGACCUUGUUCCCAGCUUUCUCCCUCUUCUAUCGAGGCUCAACCCCAAUGAAGUUCUUCUUGUUGUUCCUGCAUGAUUUGUGCAUGAUGUCUUUGGUGCUGGCUGGUUGUGCUGCUGCAACUGCAAUAGGAUAUGUUGGAAGGUAUGGGAAUAACCAUGCUGGUUGGAUGGCCAUCUGUGACCAAUUUGACGAGUACUGCAACAGAAUCAGACUCUCUCUGAUGUUCUCUUACUUGGCCUUUGUUUUCAUACUGAUGCUCACCAUUAUGUCUGCAAACAAGUCCAGAGAAAUUCGAGUCUGGGAAUGA